AUGGCUGUGGGAACGGCUUCGUUACAGGAUCGCCUGGAAAGGUGGUCCCAGCGCCUCAGCAAUCUCACGGUGUCGCCAUUGACUCGCGAUUACCCAGAUACCCAACAGGAUGGCAUUGGGAAGCGGGCCAUCGAGGCCUUUGAAUCUAUCAAACUGCCCCAGGAAGCUCAAUUGGCUCUAAAAAAGCUUUCUGGCUCAUCUUCUUCGGACUUCACCGUUUUUCUGACUGCUCUGGUUAUCCUGGUGGCUCGUUUGACCGGUGACGAAGAUAUCGCGGUGGGCACAAGCGUUGGCGACGAUGGUCGUCCAUUUGUCCUUCGUGUGCCCUACGAGGCAUCUGAGACCUUUGCCCAGCUCUAUUCUAAGGUCGACAAGGCAUUCCAAGAAGGUGCCUCCGAAAUAGUCCCUCUCGGUAGCCUUCGCUCCUAUAUCCAGGACAAGUCGAAGUCCGAACACACUCCAAUUCUGUUCCGUUUCGCCGCAUAUGAUGCCCCUGCUGCCUCUCAGGAGUACCCUGCCAACACAUUCGAUAACACCGAUCUAGUGAUCAACAUCGCCACAACCGGAUCUGCAUCGGAGCUUGAACUCGGAGCCUACUACAACCAGCGUUUGUUCUCUAGUGCUCGGAUAGCCACCAUCCUUCAGCAGCUGGCCCAAAUUGCCAGCACUGCCAGCGCUGAGGAGGCGGUCGGCCGCAUUGAUCUCAUGAGCGAUGAUCAGCUAGCUCUCCUUCCAGACCCCACAAGGGACCUGAACUGGUCCAAAUUUCGUGGUGCUAUCCAUGACAUCUUCUCUGCGAAUGCCGAGAAGCACCCCGAGAAGCUUUGCGUGGUGGAGACCAAGUCGAGCUCCCAAGCCCACCGUGAAUUCACAUAUAAGCAGAUCAACGAGGCUUCCAAUAUCUUGGGUCAUCACCUCGUUCAAUCUGGAAUCCAGAGAGGAGAGGUCGUUAUGGUCUAUGCCUACCGUGGUGUGGACCUUGUGGUUGCUGUCAUGGGUAUCUUGAAGGCCGGUGCCACAUUCUCAGUCAUCGACCCGGCAUAUCCGCCUGAGCGUCAGAACAUCUAUUUGGAUGUUGCUCGCCCCCGUGCUUUGAUCAACAUCGCCAAGGCUACCAAGGAUGCUGGCGAACUUUCGGGCAUUGUUCGAUCUUUUAUCACUGAGACCUUAGAACUCCGCACUGAGGUGCCGGCUCUUGCUCUUCACGAUGACGGAACCCUGACUGGUGGAUCUAUCAACGGCCAGGAUGUUUUCACCAAGGAGGUUGGGUUGAAGUCCAAGCCCGUCGGUGUUGUUGUUGGACCUGAUUCAACUCCCACUCUGUCUUUUACUUCUGGUUCUGAGGGUCGUCCAAAGGGUGUCCGUGGCCGCCACUUCUCCCUGGCCUACUAUUUCCCUUGGAUGUCUGAGACCUUCAAGCUUACCCCCGAUGAGAAGUUCACUAUGCUGAGUGGAAUUGCCCACGACCCAAUUCAGCGUGAUAUUUUCACUCCUCUGUUCUUGGGUGCUCAGCUGCUGGUCCCUGCCAAGGAGGAUAUUCAAAACGAGAAACUUGCCGAGUGGAUGCGAAAUUAUGGGGCUACGAUCACCCAUCUUACACCAGCCAUGGGCCAAAUUCUGGUCGGUGGUGCCUCCGCGCAAUUCCCCGCUCUUCAUCAUGCUUUCUUCGUCGGAGACGUUUUGAUCAAGAGAGAUUGCAAGGCCCUGCAAGGCCUUGCACCUAACACUGCGAUUGUCAACAUGUACGGAACCACUGAGACCCAGCGUGCUGUCAGUUACUACGAGAUCCCUAGCUACUCCAACCAAGAAGGAUUCCUCGAUACCAUGAAGGAGGUUAUCCCCGCCGGUCACGGUAUGCUCGACGUCCAGAUGCUCGUCGUCAACCGUUACGACCCCACCCGCAUUUGCGCAAUUGGUGAGGUUGGAGAGAUCUAUGUCCGUGCUGCUGGUCUCGCCGAGGGCUACCUGGGAACUCCGGACCUCAAUGCCACCAAGUUCCUGACAAACUGGUUCGUGAAGCCCGAGGUUUGGAUCGAGAAGGAUAAGGCGGAGUCCAAGAACGAGCCCUGGAGGGAAUUCUACGUUGGUCCUCGAGACCGUCUUUACCGCAGUGGUGACUUGGGUCGUUACACUCCUUCUGGUGACGUGGAAUGUUCUGGUCGAGCUGAUAGCCAGGUCAAGAUCAGAGGUUUCCGAAUUGAGCUCGGUGAAAUUGACACCCAUCUUUCUCGCCAUCCUCUGGUCCGUGAGAAUGUGACUCUGGUUCGACGUGACAAGUUCGAGGAGCCCACCCUGGUCAGCUAUUUCGUGCCCGACAUGAGCAAAUGGCCCCAGUGGCUUGAAAGCAAGGGCCUCCAGGAUGACGAUUCCGCGGAUGGCAUGGUCGGUUUACUCCGUCGCUUCCGUCCCCUCCGCGACGACGCUCGGGAUCACCUGCGUAGCAAGCUCCCAGCGUAUGCCGUCCCGACUGUCAUCAUUCCUCUCAAACGCAUGCCGUUGAACCCCAAUGGCAAGAUUGACAAGCCUGCCCUCCCCUACCCCGACACCGCAGAAUUGAGUGCCGCCGCCCCGCGCCGUCGCUCUUCUGCGAUGCAGGCUCUGAGUGAGACCGAGCAGGCUCUUGCUAAGAUCUGGGCCAAGCGUAUUCCGAAUGUUACUUCUCGAAUGAUUGGACCCGAUGACUCGUUCUUCGAUCUGGGUGGCCAUAGUAUCCUCGCCCAGCAAAUGUUCUUCGACCUGCGCCGUCAGUGGCGUGCUCUCGAUAUUAGUAUGAGCGCUAUCUUCCGCAGCCCAACACUCAAGGGCUUCGCUGGUGAGAUCGACAAGCUGCUUGACUCGGAGUCCUUCGCCACAAGCGAUAACGCCAGCGCCACGGCCGAGGCGCCCAACGACGAGUACUCUAAGGAUGCGAAGCAAUUGGUCAACGAGCUGCCUGCGAGCUUCCCCACCCGUAGUGAACCUAUGCUCGCCAGCGAGCCGACCAUUUUCCUCACUGGUGCAACCGGUUUUCUGGGCGCUCAUAUCUUGCGCGACCUGAUUACUCGCAAGUCCCCUAGUGCCAAGGUUGUCACCCUGGUUCGCGCCAAGAGCGACGAGCAAGCCCUGGAGCGAGUCCGCUCUACCUGCCGCGCAUAUGGAUUCUGGGAUGAGACCUGGACCAGCAGACUCCAGGCCGUCUCCGGUGACCUUGGAAAUCCCCAAUUCGGUCUUCCCCAGGCUACGUGGGAUGACUUGGCUAACCGUGUUGAUGCGGUUAUUCACAACGGUGCCCUUGUGCAUUGGGUCUACCCUUACUCGACCCUGCGACCUGCCAACGUCCUGGGUACCAUUGAUGCUUUGAAGCUGUGCGCUACGGGCAAGGCUAAACAACUUGCUUUCGUCAGUUCUACUAGUGCCCUGGACAAGGAUCAUUACGUGGAACUCUCUGAGCGCAGCAUUGCCGAGGGUGGAAAUGGUGUCAGCGAAGAGGAUGAUAUGGAGGGUAGUGCCGUCGGUCUCGGUACGGGCUACGGUCAAAGCAAGUGGGCUGGUGAAUACCUUGUCCGCGAAGCCGGCCGCCGUGGUCUGAGGGCUACCAUCAUCCGUUCCGGGUACGUCCUAGGUGAUUCCAACACGGCUGUUACCAACACAGACGACUUCCUUGUUCGCAUGCUCCGUGGAUGCAUCCAGCUCUCUGCCCGUCCCAACAUCAACAACAGUGUCAACAUGGUGCCAUGCGAUCAUGUGGCGAGAAUUGUCAUUGCCACUGCGUUCCAUCCUCCUCGCGACCCUGUUGGAGUCGCCCAUGUUACAGGCCACCCUCGCCUCCGCUUUAACCAGUUCCUGGGCGCGCUCGAGCUCUACGGCUACGAUGUUCCACAGGUUGAUUAUGUUCCCUGGGCUCUGUCCCUUGAGCAGUACGUCAACGACGGCAAGCAUGAUGACAAGGAUUCUCAGCACGCCUUGAUGCCGCUUUACCACUUCGUCACGAACGAUCUGCCGGCGAACACCAAGGCCCCUGAGUUAGAUGACCGUAGCGCGGCCGCUGCUCUCAAGUCCGAUGCGGUUUGGUCUGGCGUCGAUGUGUCUGCCGGUGCUGGUGUGACGGAGGAGCUGGUUGGCAAGUAUGCCUCUUACCUGGUUGAGAUUGGAUUCCUACCUCCUCCGACUAUUGCCGGAGCUCGCCCCCUACCGGCGGCAGGUAUUACCGAGGAGCAGAAGAAGACGCUCCUAGGGGUUGGUGGCCGUGGUGGAACCGCGUAG